UGCUCUCACUGUUCGACCUCACCUCUCCUCUCGCGCGUCUCAGUAAUUGCUCCCAGCCUCCGCCUCGCCUCGCCUCGCCCAUCGUACGACCAUAGCAAUCAUGUCUGACACCAAGGAAUUCACCUAUUCCGACGUCGCAGAACACACCACAAAGAAGGACCUCUAUUUGGUGAUCCACGACAAGGUCUACAACUCCUCUAGCUUCGUUGACGAACACCCCGGCGGUGAGGAGGUCCUACUCGAUGUUGGAGGUCAGGACGCUACUGAAGCCUUUGAGGAUGUCGGCCACAGCGACGAGGCGCGCGAGAUCCUCGAGGGCUUGCUCAUCGGCACCCUGAAGAGACAGGAGGGCGACCCUGCGCCAAAAUCGGCCACACAACAAGUCGCAGAUGCAAGAAAGGCUGCUCCAAGCUCCGGUGGGCUUGGCGUUGGGGUCUAUGCCGUCGUCGUCGUCGGCGCCGCGGUCGCUUACUUCGCUUACAACUACCUUCAGCAAAACCAGAACAAGUCGUAAAGAAAGAGCUCAGGGAAAAGGCGUGGUAUCGAGAGGCACAUCCGGUCUGCAUGAUCAAGCGAAACGAACGCUAAAGACGCUUAGUGUGGGUGGGACUUCUAUCCGUGCAAUGAGAUGGACCUUAUAGAGAACUUCACAUACACUCUGGCCAUCUGUCGUUAGCUGGGCUUGGGAGGCGUUUUGGCAUAGCUAUACAUUGCAGCGUUGACAGUCUUAUUCGAGGCCGCUUUCCAUCCUCUG